AAGAUCCCAAAACAAUCUUUCAGCAAAUUCAACAUUACAUGUUUCUUAUUUUUCAUAAAUGUUGACAAAAGAGUACAUCUAGGACUUCUGAAAUACAUAAGAAUUUUUCAGUAAUAUUUGUUAGCUUUAAGAAAUAAAAUAUCAUAUAUCUUAUCUGCUUUUUUCUGCCAAGAAAUGAUACAGACCUUUAAAUGAGCUAAAUAAACAAAUUCUUACUUUACUGGGCUAAACAUUCUUUCAGAAUAUUUGACAAUGUAUUUUUACAUUACAUUAUUUCAUUUAUUUAAAUGCCCUUAAAUGGUUAUGGUUUAAAUUAUAGUAGUGUAACUCAGCUCCAAUUCACCUUAACCAUAUGAGAGAGAGAGAGAGAGAGAGAGAGAGAGAGAGAGAGAGAGAGAGAGAGAGAGAGAGAGAGAGAGAGCUCAUCUCCCUUAACCCAGCCCCACCCCUCUGCUACUAACUAUACAGAUACGUUACCAUCAUUUUCUUUGGCUGGUCUCAGACUUCUGCACUAUAACAUACAAAAAGCUGUUUUAAAUGUUAAUAUUUAAUCAGCAACUUAGUCUCUUAUUACCCAUGCUUUAGAUCUUUUCUUUUAUUGCAAGAUGUAUUAAGCUCAUUUUCACUCGCAGCACAGCACCAUGACAAGCAACAAGCAUGAAGGUCUGAAGCUGAAGCGGGAGGUAGGGUUAAUUAGUGCGAUCUCUCUGGUCGCAGGCACUAUGAUAGGAUCGGGGAUCUUCAUGUCCCCUCAGUUUGUGAUGUCAAAUGUUGGAAGCCCUGGAGCAAGCUUGAUCAUCUGGGCUGUGUGUGGCCUGGUGACUCUAUGUGCUGCGCUCACUUAUGCAGAGCUCGGUACCAUGUUCAGAGAGUCUGGAGGUGAAUUCAUCUAUAUCCUGAGAAUCUACGGACCCUUACCUGCAUUCUUUCUGGCAUUCACAAAAAUAGUGGUGAUGAAGCCAUUAAGUAUUGUUGCUAUAUCACUGAGUUUAGCUCAGUAUGCUGUGGCUCCUUUUUAUCCAGGCUGCAUGCCACCUACAUUGGUGGUGAAAUGUUUAGCAGCAGCGUGCAUUUUAGUGGUGGCAACCAUCAAUAUGCUGAAUGUUCGCUUUGCCAUGACCAUUCAGGUUAUCUUCCUAGUGGUUAAAGUGGCGGGGUUGAUGGUGAUUGUUAUUGGUGGAAUCAUUACUAUGGCCCAAAAUGGCCUGGAAACCCUUGGAAAUCCAGACAUUGCCUUUGAGGGUACAACUUUGGGGAUCAGUACCAUUGGAAUGGCUUUGUAUCAGGGACUCUGGUCUUUUGCUGGAUGGGCUAAUUUAAAUAUUGUUCUUGAAGAGGUGAAAAAGCCAGAGAUAAAUCUCCUGCGGGCAUUAAUGAUUGCCAUCCCACUGGUAACGAUCCUCUAUCUGCUGGUCAAUAUCAGUUUUCUGGCCGUCAUGACGUCUAGAGAGAUAAUGAUGUCCAGUGCCGUAGCCGUUACAUGGGGCAAUAAGGUGCUGGGCAGCUGGGGCUGGGUGAUGUCUAUUGCAGCCGCAUUAGCUUCUUUUGGCACGCUGAACGGUUCGUUCUUCAGUGGAGGACGAGUUUGCUUUGUAGCUGCACGAGAGGGUCACAUGCCAAACAUCCUGUCCUUGGCCCAUGUGCGACGCCUCACUCCCACUCCAGCUCUCGGCUUUACUACCAUCAUUGUCUUCAUUGUGCUCAUUCCUGGCGAUUUCCGACACACAAUCAACUUCUUCAGCUUCACAUCCUGGAUCUUCAAUGGAAUUACAAUAUCGGGAUUACUCUAUCUAAAAAUUAAAAAUUCUUAUCUUCCUCAUGCAUACAAGGUACACAUUAUUAUUCCUAUCCUGGGUCUGCUGGUGUCUGUGUUCCUGGUUCUAGCUCCGAUCAUUGACAAUCCUCAGAUCGAGUACCUGUAUAUCACCCUCUUCAUCCUAAGUGGAGUUUUAAUGUAUAUUCCAUUAAUUCACUUCAAACUGUGUCCACACCUGCUGGACAAACUCACAGUGUUCCUGCAGCUCUUCCUGGAGGUUGCACCAGCUGAGAAAAAUGUAUAAAACGCCACAUCAGGCUUGGAAUUAUCUGGGUCCUUAAAAGAGUAUGUCAUGAUUUUAUUACCAGAAUAUUAUGGGUGUUGAGCAUUUAGAGUCCAAAUACACAUUUUUGCAACACAUCAUUUUAAUUAAGGUAAAUAAAGUAAAUAAAUGUAUGCGUAUUGUGAGAAUAAUUGUAUGAAAUACUUCAUCUUUUCUAAUAAUGUUGCAGAAUUUCUGUACAAAACACAAUGUUCUUUUCUUACACACAAUCACAUACACACACAUUCUCUCUCUCUCAUACACACACACACAGAUACCUUGACCUUAGCAUAACCUCCUCUACCUAGCACAUCUGCUCCGCUUUGUAUGAAAGAAGCUAUGAAAAACAUGAUACUGCUCUGGGAGGUUUCCUGCUUCAUGAUAACGGUCAAAGUAUCUUCUGCCGAUACUAGCAUUAAGCUCCGCACACACACACAUUAUG